GCUGCCUGUGGGAUCCUUAUUUAUUUUCAUUUUAACAGAAAGAUCCUUUUUUUUCCCUUCCUUUUUUAGGCAGAAUAAUAUUUUUAUUUUUUGUUAUUUUAAAAUUUCUAAGCGUUUUUAAACAAAUAUUUCUACAGAAUGUGGACCUUCCUGGGAGUUGCAACUUUUACAUAUCUUUAUAAAAAGUCCAACAUGUUGCUGAGUUUGGCUCAGAAGGAGCUGCUCUUCAUAGCAGCUUUGUUUCUCACAGCCGGACUGCUGAUCUCAUACCUCAGAUUUGUUCAUGGUCAGAAACUGUCAGUUUCUCGGAUCAUUUAUUUGCCUUUAAAUAUUCUGUCAUUUUUACCUCUUAUCAGCCACUUAGUCCCUCAGACUGCAGAACCAAGCAGCAAAAAAGCAGCAAACACUAAAAAGAAUAAGAAAUCAAGAAGAAGAGCUGGCCCAGAGUCCUCUACCUCAGAGUCUGCCUCAAUCUGUGGCUCCUCUGAGGGCCCGGAGCCAGAUGUGCUGAUAGUUGGGGCCGGGGUCCUGGGUUCAGCCAUGGCGGCUGUCCUGGCCAGGGAUGGGAGAAGGGUGACGGUGGUGGAGAGGGACCUGAGGGAGCCUGACAGGAUAGUGGGGGAGCUGCUGCAGCCGGGGGGGUUCAGGGCCCUCAGAGAGCUGGGACUGGAAGGUUCGGUGGAAGGACUGGACGCCCACCAGGUCAACGGCUAUGUGAUCCAUGACAUGGACAGCCACUCGGAGGUGGAGAUUCCUUAUCCUCAGGAGAAGGGAAGCGUUCAGUGCGGACGAGCUUUCCAUCAUGGCCGCUUCAUCAUGGGGCUACGGAGGGCUGCCAUGGCUGAGCCGAAUGUCAAAUUACUAGAAGGCACUGUGACCAGUUUGCUGGAGGAAAACGGCUGUGUAACUGGAGUCCAGUACAAGGAUAAAGAAACUGGAGACAUCAAGGAUCUGCACGCUGGGCUGACAGUGGUGGCCGACGGCUGCUUCUCCAAAUUCAGAAAGAGUCUGGUCUCUGGGAAAGCUCGCAUCUCCUCUCACUUUGUCGGCUGCCUCAUGAAGGACUGUCCGCAGUUCAAGGCCAACCACGCCGAGCUGGUGCUGGCCAAUCCAAGCCCGGUGCUCAUCUACCAGAUCUCCUCCUCUCACACCAGGGUGCUUGUAGACAUCAGAGGGGAGAUGCCACGGGACCUUCCAGGAUACAUGGCUGAGAAAAUAUACCCACAGCUGCCAGGGCAUUUAAAGGAGCCUUUCAUGGAGGCACUACAGAACGAUCGCCUCAGGUCCAUGCCUGCCAGCUUCCUCCCUCCUUCCCCUGUCAACAAGCCAGGUGUGCUCCUCCUGGGCGACGCCUACAACAUGAGGCAUCCUCUGACGGGCGGAGGGAUGAGCGUCGCCCUUAACGACGUCUGCAUUUGGAGGAUUCUGCUCAGGAACAUCCCAGAUUUAUACGAUGACUCAGCACUGUUGCAGGCAAAGAAAAAAUUCCACUGGGAGCGCAAGUCAUCACAUUCUUUUGUGGUGAACGUGUUGGCCCAGGCUCUGUAUGAGCUGUUUGCAGCCACUGACAAUUCUCUUCACGAGCUGAGGAAGGCUUGUUUCCAGUACUUUAAACUGGGUGGACAGUGCAUUACUGGGCCCAUCGGACUCCUCUCAGUCUUAUCACCCAAACCCUUGACCCUUAUUGGACACUUCUUCGCCGUGGCGCUGUACGCCAUCUACUUCAACUUCAAGUCCGAGUCGUGGAGCACCAAACCUCGGGCGCUGUGGAAGAGCGCCGCCAUCCUGUACCGGGCCUGCACCGUCAUGUUCCCUCUCAUCUACUCUGAGCUAAAGUACCUGGUCUACUAGGGGGCAGCAUGGGGGGGACAUAAGGAGCCCUCCAGACGUCCCGGUUUGUGCCUUAGUGUUGGUGAUGAUCACAGCUGUAACGGAUGCACGCUGGAAACUAUGCAGCUGCUUUGACUUCAGGAGCAGAUUUAUUUAACCACCUCCCAGUUCUGCAUCUGUACAUGUUGGAUGUUUGUAGCUGGAGAACCGAAGCAGAAUCCUGUCCUGCUCUUUCUCUGAAUAUCUCUACCUGGGACUAAUUAAAGAGGAAUGCCUUAACGAAGGCCUUAUUGUGAACACGGAGCCUCGUUUGCUCCAGAUCUUACAUCCUGCCGCUUUGCUGUAUAUUUUUAAGCUUCUUUUAUGCUGUAAUUUGUUUUGUAAUGUUGAUUAAAUUUAUAUAUUGUGAAAAUGAAACACAGGGAUGGGGAGGCUAAGAAGGGCUUUUCUGAUGACCUUUGUAUUUUUCUUUUUCAAAGAAAAUUGUACUUUAACAUCGUUUCUGAGUAAAUAAACUAUGUAAAACAUU